AUGGCCAAGGGAUCGAAGAAGAGGCAACGCGCCGCCGAUGAGGAUAUCGCUGACGUCCAGGAGCAUGAGGAGACCAGCCCGGCCGUAAAGAAGAGCAAGCUCGACAGCACCGGGAAGGCAGAGGCUAAGAAAAAGGAAAAGAAGGAGGAGGUUACGAAGUCGGAGUCUAUGGAGGUUGAUCAAGAGGGCAAGGUGAACCAGACCAACGGCAAUGUCACGAAGGAAUCCAGUGCCGCUGGCGAUGACAAGUCCGGCAAGAAGAAAAAGAGGAACAAGAAGAACAAGAAGUCCGACUCUGCCAACACAGAGCAGGCACAACAAGAGCAACAAGACGGCAAUCAACAAGAUGACACACCAGAAAAUAAAGACCAGCAGCAGCAGCAGCAGCAACAACAACAACAACAAUUAAAAAAGAAAACCCGUUUCAUCGUCUUCGUCGGCAACCUCCCCUUCACAGCGACCGCCGACUCUGUGCGCGCGCACUUCGCUGCGUUGCAUCCAAUCUCUGUGCGCCUGUUAACCCAGCGUGACGACCCUUCCAAGUCACGCGGCAUCGCCUUUGUCGAGUUUGGCCGGUUUGACCACAUGAAGACGUGUCUGGAUAAGAUGCACCACAGCAUAUUCAAUGAUGGGAAGUCGCCGGCGAGGAAGAUUAAUGUUGAAUUGACUGCUGGUGGUGGCGGCAAGACGCAGCGGCGCAAGGAGAAGAUAAAGCAGAAGAAUGCAAAGUUAAACCAGGAGCGUGAAAAGAGGCUUAAGAAGAUUGAGCAGGAGAAGAAGAAGAAAGACAAGGAAAAAGAUAACGCCGGCAAGCAACAGGGAGAGGACAAGAAGCAACAGAAAGAACAAGAACAGAGGGACGAAGAGGAUAUUCAUCCUAGCAGGCGGAUGCAGGUGCAGUAUAAGGCGAAGUAG